AUGGAGCAUCAGGUUCAGCGACUAGUUGACGUUGCCUGGGCCAAGUACGAAGCCUUGCCUUCGGACCAGCGACUGCUCGUCGGCAUCGCCGGCAUCCCAGGCUCGGGUAAGACGACACUUUCCCAGAUCAUCGUCUCUCGCCUCAACGACCGGGCCGAACAAUAUUCUGGCUCGUCCCCUCGGCCUCCACCAGCAACUUCUCUUCCCAUGGAUGGCUUCCACCUCACCCGCGCCGCCCUCUCUUCCAUGCCCGACCCGGCCACGGCGCAUGCUCGUCGCGGCGCCGCCUUCACCUUUGACGCUCCCAAGUUUCUCAGCCUCGUUCGCCGUCUGCGAUGCUCGCCCAUCCCUGCCGACCCCAUCCUCGCACCCUCAUUUGACCACGUCAUCAAGGAUCCCAAGGAGGAAGACAUUGCUGUCCUGCCGACGCAUCGCAUCGUCGUCCUCGAAGGAAACUACCUCGCGCUUGACAAGGACAUCUGGCGGGAUGCUGCCGCCCUCCUCGACGAGCUGUGGUUCGUCGACGUAGACUUCCAAGUCGCUCGAAGGCGGUUGCGUGAGAGGCAUGUGAGGGCGGGCAUCGCAAAGGAUCUAGAGGAGGCUGAUAAGCGGGCAAGGGAAAAUGACUUGGUCAAUGGGGAGGAGAUUGUCUCCCAUCGGCUCAAAAUCGACCAGGUCGUCCACAGCAGAGAGGACGGCAGCUGGGUGCACGAAUAG